AUGCUGUGGGCUCAGAGGAAGAAAAGGAAGACAACCUUAGAAGACAAGUCUCCAGAAUCCUGCCGAGCAAAUGGCAGCUGGAUCAAAUCUCACUUUAGCCGCCUUUCGGAAGAGAGGUUGCCCACCCACUGCUACGGCAGCAACGAUGGCCCCUCACAUGAAAAUAGGCAUGGGGAGGCCAACACCACCAUCCACAUGGAGACCCUCACCUCCACACAUGGAGAAGGGGGCAAGGCUCUGCACCGAGAAGCCUUUAACAGCAAACAGAAGGUAUCUGGGACCUCGGUGACCAAAGAGACCCAAAGGGAAUCAGGAAAGUCCCCAUCCAUGGAGGAUGCCGCAUGGGCUGCAGUGACUGCUUGCGCCAAGGAGAUCGAUACCAAGGGGCAUUACCUGGCGAAUUCAAUGCUGCAACGCGCCAGGACUUACCAGCAUGUAGGCCAUGUGGAAUCCAGGGACAUCAGCCCAGAAGAGCUGAAGGCUCUGGAGGAGGUGGAGAUAAAGCUGAAAGGGAAUUUCCUCACUCAUCGGGAAACCACCAUAGCUGGUUCCAACCAAACACACAGUGUCCAUAGUCACUCCAGCCACCAGAGCCACCAGGGUCAUCCAGGUCACUCCAGCCACCAGAGCCAUAGUCUGCCCAACCGCAGCCACCAAAUCUAUGACUCUUGAAGCCACUUAACAAUGUGCCCCAUCCCCCAGCAGGGCUGGCUCACAUACACAGGCCUGUUUUCUCUUCUAUGGGGAAACAUACAUGGUCCAGGGUGAGAGACUGCCACCCAAAUCCCUACUUCUGGCCCCAGCUGGCAUCAUGAGGGAAGAAGGGAGGCAGCUACAGCAGCCAGAGGGCCCUGAAGACCCAUGAGAGAAGACAUGAGGCAGAUCACAGGAGCAGCCACGAGCCCCGCACUGACUCCACAUGCCUGA